CUGAAGAUCUGGAUAAGCAAUGCCCCAGUUGCAGAUAUUUUAAUUAUUUGGGCAAAAUGUGAAGAUGGCAAGUUACGAGGAUUCAUUGUGAAAAGGAAUGGAGCUAAAGGAUUGGUAACACCCAAAAUAGAAGGCAAACUCUCACUUCAGGCAUCUGCUACAGGAAUAAGUUUCUUAGAUGAAGUUGAAGUUCCAGAGGAAAACGUUCUUCCUGGUGUGACUAGUUUCAAAGUACCUUUUACCUGUCUUCGUAAUGCUCAUUGUGGUAUUUGUUGGGGAGCCCUGAGUGCAGCAGAGUUUUCCUUAGCAGAAGCAUGUCGAUAUACACUAGAGCAUCACCAGUUUGGACAGCCUUUAGCAGCCACCCAGCUCAUUCAGAAGAAAUUAGCAGAUAUGCUUACAGAAAUAUCAAUAGGUCUUCAAGCAUGUCUUCAUGUGGGUCGCCUGAACGAUAAGAAUUUGUAA